GCUCAAACCUCUUAGACCAUUAUUUGCGUUAUUCUAUGUCUUUCAUAUGUCUCACCUUCAACAAUAACAACAAUGGAAACAAAGCCCAGAAAACCCACCACCAACGUCGCUCAAGCCAGCUCCCGCAAGGGCUGCAUGAGAGGCAAAGGCGGACCCGACAACGCCUCUUGCACAUUCAAAGGCGUCCGCCAGCGGACUUGGGGCAAAUGGGUCGCUGAAAUUCGCGAGCCAAAUCGCGGCGCUCGUCUCUGGCUCGGCACGUUCGACACCGCCCAUGAAGCUGCCGUGGCUUACGAUGCUGCCGCUCGUAAGCUCUAUGGGUCUGAUGCUAAGCUCAACCUCCCUCAAACUGCGUCAGAGCCUCAACAGUCUGCACCCACCGCUGCAAUGCCGUCGCCCUCUCCACCGGUGGCGGAGAUGGAGCCAAUCGGAGGGCUAUGGGGAAGUGAGGAUGUGAAUUUUGAUGAGUCGAUAUGGAGAGAGGCGGUGAUGUCUUUGGAUUUUCCUAUGAUUGGUGAUGAUGAAGGGUUUUAUUUCGAUGGGGUGGGAGGUCGGGACGCUAUGCAGUGGUGCAUGUGAUGCGAUUCAAUAUUAUACGUAGAUAAUCAUGUGUGUGUAAAUAUAUAUAUAUAUAUAUACCUUGCUUUUUAUAAAUAAUUAUAUAUAAACACAUGCAGUGUUUGAGUGCGUGUGUAUACAUAUAAUUAAAACAUUGGGUUAGUGAUUAUUAGGUUAUUGUGGGCAUGUAUGUAUGUAUGUAUGUAUGUAUGUAUAUACUACUCUAGAGAUGA